AAUGAAUAGAGAUAAGGGCCUCAUUGCCCUAGGAAUCGGAGCUUCUUUAGUAGCAGCCUUUGCUACAUACAAGAUGACUAAGAAAGAGAAAAAGCGAGCUAAGAGGAAAGUCAGAAAGUUGUUCAAGACUCGAGAUGUUGACGGCAACUCUGACAGCGUCCUCUGUGAUAUUGAACUCACUAUUAUUGAAUCUGAUAAGGAUACAAACAGCAGCCAGACUGAGGAAAAGUAUACUGAAGUAAGUAUUCCUCUCAAUAAGAAAAAGAAGAAAAAGCAAGGACUGCAGAAAAUUAUCCAAGGGGAGGAUAUUGACGAAACAGUAACAUCCAGUGAAAUUACGAAGACUAUUGCAACGAAUCAUUGGAAGAGACCUAACGCUAAAAAUAAUGAUGAGCAUAAUGAAAGAGCAUCAAGUGUUGAUAGUGAGGAGGAGAGAUUCAACAAAUGGCAGAAGGAGCGUCAAAGCAAGCUCCAUGCUGUUAACUAUAUCAAAAAUGACAAGAUUUACACAGAAAUCAACCCAGAUGACUGACAAAAAAAGAGGUCUCAGGAAAAGAAAAAACUGAAGAACUUUUUGACCACAUAUAAAAAGGACAGAUUCAAACCUGUGCACAAACGUAGGAAGAACAGUAUCAGGUCCCAUCUGACCGACUGUAAUAGGUCUUCUACUAGCAAGGUGUCCUUGUCAGGUAAAACCUCCACUAGAGCCCAAAGGACCAAGGAUUCAGGUGCUAAUUCCUUAAACGAAGAACUUUCUGAGAAGAAGGACACUAAUUUCUUUGAUAUUUUCAUGGCGAUUUCCAAACCAAUCGUCGAUGAUAAGCAAGAAAGGAAGAGAAUGAGGAGAAGAGUCAGGAGACAAGCCAGAGCUCACUCCAAUGCUGUCUCUGAGCCUAACUUUCUUAGAUAACUUAAUAGUUUUAUAAGCUUACUUCUAAAUCUGUG